AUGCUUUGUUUCCCUAUAGAACCACUUCCUGCUAGGGAAGAUGGCUUGUCAAGAGGGCAAUACGUGGCGCUGCGUGGCGCAAUCGCAUUUCAGAUCGUGAACGACGCAGCUCGUCGAAGCAAUGCAUUUUACAGGCAUGCAGUUCAGCGUGCCUUAUCUUAUGAGUUGAAGGCGAGAUACUACCCUGCUCUGACUCUAUUAUCGCAAUAUCGUAUCGUUUCGAUUCGCACUUCUGGAACUAUUGGAUCUCUGAAUUUGUCUGCCAAUUCCAAGGAAAUUGGAUAUACUAUUCUAAUGAAAUAUCGCGAAGGCCAGCCGCUGGGAAUCCUUGAAAUAUCUAUCACGCCCUACACGUCAGCCGGGAAACGGUAG